CCUCUCCCUAUUCAGUAUGGCCAACGACUCUUUCUCCAAUGCUAAAGGCGGCGUUGCUCUCAAUACCGCCGAAACCACAACUCGAUCUCACUCCCAGCCCGCUGUUCCCUCCGAAACCUCUACAACCUCUACCCCUCCAGCCCCCGCCACGUCAGAGCCCCUCGCCGAAGACGCCUCUCUCGACAACGACCUCGACGAUAUCUUCGACGAUACGGACGACGACUUCACUGCCGCCGAAGCCCUCGAUGGUGCCAACCCCUCUGACUACACAAAAACCUACAACCGCGCUCGCAAGCAGCACGACCCUUCCAUCCCCGCGGGCCAAGCCCCAAAAUCGAACCCCCAGAAGCCUUCAGCGAACACCUUCGCCAGCAUUGACGAUGCAGUCGCUUCUCUGUCGAAGCAUGCGGGGAAGAUCAAGCUUGAUGAUCGGAAUGGUGGUGUCGGCGGGCUGUCCAAGGGCGGGAACGACAAGGACAAGAGCGAUCGCGCGACUUCUGAGCAGGUGCUUGAUCCGCGGACGCGGAUGAUUCUGCUGCAGAUGAUCAAUCGGGGGGUAGUGAGUGAGAUACACGGGUGUCUCAGUACGGGGAAAGAAGCGAAUGUGUACUUUGCGUUGAGCAUUCAAGAACCUGCGAACCCGGGCGAGGAGCCGAAGACGUUACAUCGCGCGAUCAAGGUGUAUAAGACGAGUAUUCUGGUGUUCAAGGAUCGAGACAAGUAUGUCACGGGCGAGUUCAGGUUCAAGCACGGGUGGAAUAAGAGCUCGCACCGCGCGAUGGUGAAGGUGUGGGCGGAGAAGGAGAUGCGGAAUUUGAAGCGGAUCUAUGCAGCAGGUAUACCGUGUCCGGAACCGCUCUUCCUACGACACCAUGUGCUGGUCAUGAGCUUUCUUGGGGAUAAGAAGGGGUGGCCGGCGCCGAGGCUGAGGGACGUCAAGUUCGAGGGCUUGACAGCUGAAGAGGAGGAAGCGAAGUACAGGUCGUUGUACAUCCAGUUGCUGGGGUAUAUGCGCCAGAUGUAUCAAAUCUGUAAGCUAGUGCACGCAGAUUUGAGCGAGUAUAAUCUACUCUAUCAUGAGGGCAAGCUGGUUGUCAUUGAUGUUAGUCAGAGUGUGGAGCAUGAUCAUCCGAGGAGCCUGGAGUUCUUGCGAAUGGAUGUCAAGAACGUAUCGGAUUUCUUCAGGAACCAGAACGUCGACACGCUCUCUGAUCGGGCCGUCUUUGGCUUCGUCACUGAAGAGGGAGCUACAGAGGUCGAAGCAAUGGAGAAGAGAAUCGAGGAGUUGUACAAAAUCCGAGCAGAGACGGAAGAGGGGAAGAACGAGGAAGUCGACAACGAAGUCUUUCGACAGCAGUAUAUUCCCCAGACUCUCGAACAAGUCUACGACAUCGAACGAGACGCUGAGUUGGUCGGAAAGGGCGAUGGCGAGGGGCUAAUCUACCAAGGCCUCCUCGCCGACAAAGUCGCCCCGAAGACCGGCGACGACGUGAGUGAAGAGGGAAGUGGAGAAGACGGUAGCAGCAGUGAUGAAGAUGGCGACAGGGAAUGGGUCGAGAAGGACUCUACGCCUCGGGGAAAACGCUUUGUGGACAAAGACACGAAAAAGGACCAUAAAGCCGCUGUCAAAGAAGAGAAGCGCGAAAAGCGCAAAACCAAGAUCCCAAAACACCUCAAGAACAAGCUCGUCAAGAGCACGGCGCGGAAGCACUGAUGGCCCCCUGCCAACUUUCAACCUAUUCGCCCUUUCGUCUUUCGCAGUUCACCACCAAAAAACAUGCAUCAUUUCGGCGCUCAGCAUUGCAUUUCAUAACUCACGCGCUACGAGCACCGCAUCAGUAGAAAUGAAACCUGUAUGUCC